UUGUCUCUCUCUCUCUCUCUCGCUCUCAGUCUCUCUCUCUGCAACUUCAUUCGCAGAAACAAAAGAAAAGACUUUAAAUUCUAAUCCAAACCAAGUUGGAGAAACCUCUGAACCCUUCUUCCAUGGAGAUCAUCAGCUCAAAUCCAAGAAACCUGCUUCCUUUCUUCGUCUGCAUCAUCCUCCUCUGCUAUUCUCCUGCUAUGGCAGCUGACGAAGAAGACAUAAGAUGCUUACAAGGAAUCCAAACCUCUCUCACCGACCCUCAAGGCCAUCUCAAAUCAUGGAACUUCAAAAACACCACCGUCGGAUUCCUCUGUAACUUCGUCGGCGUUUCUUGCUGGAACAAUCAAGAAAACAGAGUCCUCAAUCUCGAGCUCAGAGACAUGUCUUUAUCAGGUCAAAUCCCUGAGUCUCUUCACUUCUGUGGAAGCUUACAGAAGCUAGACCUCUCUAACAAUCGAUUAACCGGUGAAAUCCCUCGCCAACUCUGUUCUUGGUUACCCUUUUUAGUCUCUCUUGAUCUGUCUAACAAUGAGUUAAACGGUGAGAUUCCUCCUGAGUUAGCAGAGUGUAGGUUCCUUAACUCUUUGAUUCUGUCUGAUAACCGGUUAUCUGGUCAAAUCCCGGUUCAGUUCUCGUCUCUAGGGAGGUUAAGGGAGUUCUCUGUGGCUAACAACAACCUCAGUGGUCGCAUUCCAUCUUUCUUUGCCUCACCCAGUUACUCCUCUCUAGGGAAGUUCUCUGUUUCCAACAAUGAUCUCACCGGUCGCAUCCCUUCUUUCUUUACCUCACCGAGUUACUAUUUCAAUGGGAACAAAGGUCUUUGCGGUCGUCCUUUGUCUUCUCCCUGUAGAGGGUUAAGCAAGAAGAAUCUGGUGAUUAUAAUAGCAGCUGGUGUGUUUGGUUUUGCUGCUUCGAUGUUGUUGGCUUUUGGUGUUUGGUGGUAUUACCAUUUAAAGCAGACAAGCAGUUUAAUACAAGGAGGAGAAGGAGGAGGAGUUAGUAGUUUGGCGCAGAGACUUAGAAUCCAUAAGCUUGUUCAGGUCUCUUUGUUUCAAAAGCCUUUGGUUAAGGUUAAGUUCGGUGACUUGAUGUCUGCUACUAAUUACUUCAGCUCUGAGAAUAUUAUCGCUACGACUAGGACGGGGACAACGUAUAAGGCGGUUCUUCCCGAUGGCUCGGCGCUCGCGGUGAAGCAUUUGAGUAAUUGUAAGCUCGAGGAGAAGGAGUUUGGUUACGAGAUGAAUCAGUUGUGGGAGCUGCGUCACCCUAACUUAGCACCACUUCUUGGUUUCUGCCUUGUGGAAGAAGAGAAGUUUCUUGUUUACAAGUACAUGUUUAAUGGGACGCUGAAGAGGCUGAUGGAGUCUAAUUUAGAUUGGUCUACUCGGUUUAGGAUCGGUUUAGGUGCUGCAAGGGGUUUAGCUUGGCUUCACCAUGGAUGUAACCCACCGAUACUUCACCGAAACGUUUGUUCAAGUGUGAUUCUCAUCGACGAAGAUUUCGACGCAAGGAUUGUAGAUUCAGGGCUUGCAAAGUUUAUGAACGAGAGCAGUUUAAUGAUGAGUGGUGGUUUUGGAGGGUUUGGUUAUGUAGCUCCUGAGUAUUUCGACACAAUGGUGGCUUCGUUAAAAGGUGAUGUGUAUGGUCUUGGUGUUGUCCUGUUGGAGUUGGCUACAGGGGUUAAAGCUCUUGGAGGUGAAGGUUUCAAAGGGACUUUGGUUGAUUGGGUGAAACAGCUUGGAAGAUCGGGGAGAUUGGUUGAUGCAUUUGAUGAAGACAUUAGAGGGAAAGGACAUGAUGAAGAGAUCUUGAAGUUUGUUGAGGUUGCUUGUCACUGUGUGGCUUCAAGGCCUAAAGAGAGAUGGUCUAUGUUUCAGGUGUAUCAGUCACUGAAAGCUGUGGCUGAGAAACAAGGCUACUCGUUCACAGAACAAGAUGAUGACUUCCCUUUGAUUUUUGAGACACAAGAGAACAAGUAA